AUGAGUGGUGUUUUGAGAAGAUGUGCAUUUAGACUCGCGGGAACCAGGAGCCUGGCGACUACGGCCACUGAUAUUACUCCAAGGUUGAAAACUUUCAAAAUCUACCGUUGGAACCCUGAUAAGCCAGCCGAAAAGCCUAGGUUGCAAGAGUACCAAGUGAACUUGAAUGACUGUGGGCCUAUGGUAUUGGAUGCGUUGUUAAAAAUUAAGAACGAACAGGAUGCUACUCUCACCUUCAGAAGAUCAUGUAGAGAAGGUAUCUGUGGGUCUUGCGCUAUGAAUAUCGGAGGUAGGAACACAUUGGCAUGUUUGUGUAAGAUUGAGCCUGAUAUCUCCAAACAAACGAAAAUUUAUCCCUUGCCACAUAUGUACAUUGUCAAGGAUCUUGUUCCAGAUUUGACCAAUUUCUACAAACAAUAUAAGUCCAUUCAACCAUAUCUACAAAGGUCCAAGGUUCCUGAAGACGGUAAGGAAAACCUACAAAGCAUUGCUGACAGAAAGAAAUUAGACGGUCUGUACGAGUGUAUCCUAUGUGCAUGCUGUUCCACAUCGUGUCCAUCUUACUGGUGGAACCAGGAAGAGUACUUGGGCCCUGCCGUGUUGAUGCAAGCGUACCGUUGGUUGAUUGAUUCUAGAGAUGAGGCAUCAAAGAUAAGGAAAGAGAUGUUGCAAAACUCUAUGUCUUUAUACAGAUGUCACACCAUCAUGAACUGUACCAGAACAUGUCCAAAGGGUUUGAAUCCUGGUAAAGCCAUCGCAGAGAUCAAGAAGGCGUUGGCCACUGAUUAA